GACAGGAGAGAAAGAACUGUAGAAAGACAGAGAAGGAGAUAGAGUGGACACCAUACAGACACAUACACUCCACAUAUCACAGCACAUACACAUUGAGACAAACGCUAGGAAUCCAGAAACUACGCCCACAAGCUAGGUGUACAAAGACAAGGAUGGCCACCACGAUUUCUGCCAGUAUCUAGUGAAGCCCACCUGAACACAACUCUACGGUCCAGAGUUGACACAUUGUCCACCUGCUCAGCGUGUCCAGCUAAACCCACUGCCCUGGACCUGCUGCGGGGGACACAGACUGGGAGAAGGAGGAGAGAGGGGAACAAGAGGACCAGUGCCAGGUCAGGAAAGAGACUCGAGCGGCGCCUCCGAGGAGCCAUGAGGACGGCCAGGCGGGCCAGCACCGUGGAGGUGCCCUCCUUCCUCCGCCAGCUAGCCAAGGAGACAGAGAAGAUGGUCACCUUCUUCUUUAAGGGGGGACAGAGGGAUGGCCAGGAGGGGAACGAAGAGGACUUCAGUGAUGAGGAUAACGGGCCGAGCGUCUACCUGGACCGGCCCGUCCUGGAUAAACACACGGCCGAGGGGAGGUCUCAGUGGGGGGUCAACUAUGCAACGGCCAGCAUGCAGGGCUGGAGGGCGCAGAUGGAGGACGCCCACACCUGCAUGCCGGAGAUGGGAGGGGAGCUGGCGGAGUGGGGCUACUAUGCAGUGUUUGAUGGACACGCUGGCAACACGGUGGCACAGUACUGCUCCCAUAACCUGCUGCAACACAUCCUCGCUACAGGGCGCGUAAAGGCACAGGAGGACCCUGACGACGUGAAGGAGGGGAUCGUCGAGGGCUUCCUGGCCAUUGACAGCCACAUGCACACGCUGACGCGCCAGGAAUGCUGGGAGCGCAGCGGCUCCACGGCGGCCGCCGUCAUGCUCUCGCCGCAGUACGUCUACUUCGUCAACUGUGGCGACUCGCGGACGCUCCUCUGCAGUAAUGGCCAGCUCAUCUUCUACACGGAGGACCACAAGCCCUUCAACCCAAGGGAGAAGGAGCGGAUUCAGAACGCGGGCGGCUCGGUGACCCAGCAUAGGGUGAACGGCUCCCUGGCCGUGUCCAGGUCCCUGGGAGACUUUGACUUUAAGGAGGUGGACUGGAGGUCCCAGACUGAGCAGCUGGUCUCCCCAGAGCCAGAGGUGUACGAGCUGGAGAGGUCCCCGCAAGACGAGUUCCUCAUAGUGGCUUGUGACGGAGUGUGGGACGCCAUCGGCAACGAGGAGCUGUGUGCGUUCGUCCACAGUCGCCUGCAGGUGUGCGAUGACCUGAGGGAGAUCUGCAACCAGGUCAUUGACCUCUGCCUCUAUAAGGGUAGUUUGGACAACAUGAGCAUCAUCAUCGUGACCUUCCCUGGUGCACCCCAGGUGUCACAAGAGGCCCUACAAAAAGAGGCCGAGCUAGAGACAAUCCUCGAGGCCAAAGUGGAAGAGAUUGUCAACUUGCUAAAGUCGCGGGACAAGGACCCGGACCUGCUGUACGUGAUGAAGUUUCUGGUCUCUGAGGACAUACCUGGCCUGCCRCCAGGGGGAGGAGUCACCAGCAAAAGAGACUGUGUCAUCUCUGCAUAUCAGAAGUUUGUAACGCCCUUCAGAUCUCUGGAACCAAUGGACAUCGGAGGAUCUGAAGAGUCCAACUAGUCGUAUCCAUGGAAAUGUAUUCUUCAGCCUCGCGUAUCCAUGGCGACCAUUUAGAAUUGGGGCCUCCGCUUUCCAGCAGAGGAAUCAGCCAAUAGCUAAAUAAAGAACUAUGGUGGGAGGGGGUGUGACCUGGGCCUGCCCUUAGCCAAUCAUCUCUUCUCUGUUCCUCAUUUACACUGUCUAUCAACAAGUCUACUGUACCAUCAGAAAAUAUCAAAUAGUUAGCAUUAUUCCAGCAAGGGAAGAAUUACAUAUUCCAAAACUAUUCUUUAAAAUACAUGAUAAUUAGAUAUAAUAUUUAUUAACUUUCUUACUUUACACUUUAAGGUGCCUGGGUAGUUCCUUUCCUUCAAGACUAGAAGCUUACGAAUAAGGCUGAUCAUGUUAUUUCAUUUAAAAUCCAACUGAUAUGUUUAAGCAGUGUGCAACUCCAUACUGCCGCAUCAAAUUAAAUUGAAAAAACACCCCUUCAACCAUUGCAGACCAGUAAAGGCGCCGAUAUGCACGUGUCCUGUGAUGUCAUGGCCUACACUAGAUAAUCUGCAUAAUCCUGUGAGGGAGCAUAGGUGACAUGAAUAGAUGGGUGUCAUGACGAUGAUGGACACAACAUCAUAUGUCCAAGUGUGUGUGAAUGUGUGUGCGAGUGAGUGAGUGAGUGGAUAAUAUGGGCUGUGGGAUUAUUAGCACACACACUGUAACCUUUUGCAGUUUAGAGCACAGAUGCUCACAGUUAGACACGAUUUAGACCCGUGUGACAGGUAGAGUAGUGUAGCUACAGAUAAAUUGUUCUUCUGUUUUUGAAAAUAAGUGGUUCUGCUGUUAGCACGUCUUCUUUUCAAUACAUGUCAUUGCGCUGCCUUACAAAGCUCUCUGUUGCUGUACAAUUACUUUAUUCCUCCUUCGGAUCAUACCAAACGGAUGAACGUAGCAGCUGUAUUCCAUGACAGAGGUCAGAGGUCAAAACGAGCUAGACUCGAGAUCAAACACUGCUGCAGCACGUCUGUUUUGAAUACUAUGAAAUCUCGGAGGAAGUGGGAUCCGAGAGGAUACGGCAGCGCAACAGAUUACCGUGAGAACUUUCACAAAUGUCAGUGAUUUGAUGACUGUAUGGGCAUCGCAUUAAAGCCCUUAAGGGGCAAUAAAUGAAUGAAAUAAAAUGACAUUCUGGGA